AUGUCAGCUGCACCAUUCUUAAGGGGCUGUCAGCCGUGGAGCGAGUUCAGUUCCGCCUUAGACCUCGUCGAGAUCGUGAUCGUUAUGUGGCCACCACUGCUGCUGGUGCUGUUCUUCCUUCAAGUGUUUCUCAAACCAUCUCAGGCACUUUUUGAACAGUGUAAUCAUCAGGUGAAGCUUCAGUCGGGUCAGAAGCUGCUUAUUAACUCGCCCUAUUACCCGGCCUUGUAUCCUGUCGGCACAUCCUGUCGCUACGCGGUGGAGGCGCCCAAGGAUCAGGUGCUGCAUUUUAAGUGUGAACUUCAGUUGCAAACGCUUUCCACGGACCUAAAAUGCCGCUCGGAGGUGUUUCACUUCAAUUCCGAAGGCGACGAGGUGUUAACAAGUUCCGAAUACUUUUGCGGCAGCGGAAAAUUUGAGCGCAAAAGUUUUCUCAAUCGUGCUGUGAUUUCCUACAUUUCCAACGGCCAACCAGAGCCACCACCACCAGCCACCACAUCGACCAUCAAGCUGAAGGAUAAGCUCUCGGGGGUAUCGACAACUGGGAACUCAACUACUGAGACGCCACAAGGUGUUUCCAUAGAGGAGCAAGACGAAGAGGAAGAGGAGCAGGAACAAGAGCAGGAGCAGGAGCAGGAGGAUAACGAGGAGUCAGAGGACCUUAGCGACGAGGUGCUGCACGUGUUGCAGGAUGUGGGCGUCAGCGAUGCCUUGGCCUAUGUGGCCUCCUUGCUCUACGAUGACGAUGAUGAGUCCAGGAAGUCCAGCUCUGCCAUUUACCUUGAGCAACACCUGCCAAGUCAACGCAGUUCAAAGACUUCCGCAAAACGUGUCCGGAUUGUGUCGAACUAUCCCUUGACUCCUGCUCCAGGAGGCGGACGCUUUACCUGCCUGGUGGAGGCCAUACAGCCCACGUGCAGCUGCGGCUGGAGUCGGUAUCCUUUGCAAAGGAUAGCAAGUCCCAACAAUGAGGAGGCGGCAUUGCAUGAGUUUCCCUCGAUGGCUGGCGUUUUGACCAAGAAGCAGGGAAAGGUCUUUUGCGGAGCAGCAAUUAUUCACCAUCACUAUUUGCUGUCGGCUGCCCAUUGUUUCCUGGGUCCUGAGACCAGAAAUGCAGCUCAACUCCGGGUUGUAGUUGGAGAGCACGAUCUGGCCAGCUCCUUUGAAACAUUUGCCACCAGGAGAUACGAUCUGGAUGCUUUGAUCCUCCAUGAACAGUUUAGCCAGGCGAAUGGGCAGCCCAGGAAUGAUAUUGCCUUGCUAAGGACACGAUCUCCCAUCGUCUGGAGCCGCCAUGUGGGUCCUGCUUGUCUGCCUCUACAACCUGCAGAAGCUGGCCAAAAGUUGCCACUGGCGGGACAUCAAGUGGUGGCCGCCGGUUGGGGCACCACUUCCUACGGUGGUCCACAGACCACACGCCUGCUGAAAACCACCCUGGAUGUGAUCGAUGGUCAGCAGUGCCGGCAAACUCUGGCCACCAGUUCCUCCGGAGUAUCGCUGCCACCCCAUACCUUCUGCACAUAUACACCCGGGAGGGACACGUGCCAGUAUGAUUCUGGAGGAGCUCUCUAUGAGAGGAUUAAUGGACGCCUGGUGGCCGUGGGCAUCGUUAGCUUUGGCCAAGCCUGUGCCACCCAGCUGCCGUCGGUCAAUACGCGAGUUGCCUCGUUCAUCAAAUGGAUACGAUCCAAGAGCCCCGAGGUGGCCUAUUGUCCUGGCCGAAUAUAA